ACGAUGGACAUCCUUGCGGGGGCUGCAAGAUAUAAUAAUACAGAUUCCUUGCGGAGUCCUCCAGAUGUUGAAGUGCAGGCUCUAUCACAAGAUCUCGAAGACCUACGCUCCUCCAUCCUGGAACUAUCGAAGGAGGAUGAGGAUGACUCUACGUCAUACACGCUCAAGAUGAGCUUGAUGAACCAGCUGCAGGAGCUCUGUUAUGAUGCUGAGGACUAUUUGGAGAUGGUGCGGCACUCCCGUGGCGGCUGCUGCUGGAAUAUUAAUUGGAUCCGGAGUAAGGUAAAGAGGCAGCGGCCCCCGCUAAGUGCAAAAGAUAUCUCUGACCUCAGAUCUCGUGUGAAGCCAACAAAGCAAAUAGCCCAAGCGUACAAAUCUGCUAGUUCCAGAACCACCAACAAGAAUGAUCCUAGGCCACAAGAAGAGCCUGAUAGUCGCCAUGUCGUCUAUUCUGAUGUUAGUCUGCAACCUGAUGAGCAUGACGAGCCCAUGAAUAAGUUAGUCAGGUUGCUGGCUUUGGAAAGCGAUCAGCAGCUCAAGACGGUGGCAAUCCAUGGGUCGGCUGGCGUUGGGAAGACAACACUUGCCAGAAGAUUGUAUCAUUGUUAUGAAGGGAGGUUCCAUUUCAGGGCUUUCCUUCGGGUGUCCUGUAACCCGGAUACGAGGAGGCUUCUGGCUAGCAUGCUAUCGAGAAUUAAGGGCCAACAUGUGUGCCACUACUGGGGCUUCGAUGAUGAGCAAGGUCUCAUCGACAACAUCAGAGAACAUCUACAAGGAAAAUCCUAUUUCAUUGUAAUCGACGAUUUAUGGUCAACAUCAGUGUGGGAUUUCUUGAGCUGUGCUUUUCCCAAGGAUAACUGCGGCAGCCGAAUAUUAACAACCACGCAAGUUAUGGAAGUUGCAUUGGCUUGCUGUAACAACCAAAGAGGGGCUGUUUUCAAUAUGGAACCUCUGAACGAGUAUCAGUCACUGCAAUUGUUUAACAGUAGAGUAAACCAUAUAAAGGAUUAUAAUGCUGAAGAAUGCAAUAAAGUUUCAUGUGAAAUCUUCAAGAAGUGUGGUUAUCGUUUACCGCUAGCUAUAAUAAAUAUUGCUGGUAUAUUAGCAGGGUGGCCGGACUAUAGAAAAAAUGAAUGGGUGUACAUAUGCAAGAGUUUAUUCCAUACUUCAGCAGGAAAUCCUACUUCUACCAAGGAGGUGAUGGAGGGGUUUCUAAACCUUAUGUACAACAAUCUUCCAACCAAAUUGAAGACAUGCCUGCUCUAUCUUAGUAUGUAUCCAGAGGGCUGUGUUAUCGGAAAGGAUGAUUUGGUGAGGCAAUGGGUAGCUCAAGGUAUUUUUAGUCAAAUGGAAUGGAAAGGACGAGAACUUGAAGUGGGUUUUAUUUAUUUUGAUGAGCUCCUGAAAAGAGGAUUGAUCCAGCUUGUAGAUACGGACAAUAAUAAUCAAGUGUUGUCAUGUAUAGUUCAUCAGGUGGUACUUGAUUUUAUUACAAAGAAAUCCAUGCAGGAAAACUUCAUUAUUGUCGUGGAUUAUCGUGACACCAUGACAGGGCUUCCUGAUAGUAAGGUUCAUCGCCUGUCUGUCAGGUUUGGACAUGCCAAAAACGCACAGAUACCACGGAGCUUCAGAAUAUGCCAAGUUCGGUCCUUUAUAUUUUCUGGAUUCGUUAAAUCUGUACCUUCCCUUGUGAAGUAUUGCCUUCUUCGAGUUCUGGUUCUUCAUGUUUGGAGUGAUCAAGAAAAAAAAGUUCUAGAGCUUUCUUCAAUUGGUUAUAUGUUUCAACUAAGAUAUCUGAAAGUGCAAUGCAACAUGAUAGUCAAUCUCCCAGUGAACAUUGGAGGCCUGAGACACUUAGAGACACUCGAAGUGGAUGCAGAAGCAGUUGUUGUUACACAAGAUGUUUUUAGCUUAAAGAGUUUGUUGCAUCUCUGCCUUCCUAGCAUGACUUACAUGCCCGGUGCCUAUGGGAUUGGCAGCUUGACAUCACUUCGUAGUCUUGGCUACGUUGACCUGAGCCAACUUGGCAAGCUGACCAAUUUGCAGGAUCUUCAUCUAACCUGCUCUACAGUUCAUUCCCGGCGUCAAAUUAGCAACGUCAAACGUCUUGCUUCAGUUCUGGAGAAAUGCACCAACCUCAGAUCCCUAAUUCUCCGUGGUGAAGCAUCUUCAAACCAGAGCAUUUCUCUUGAUGGCUUGAGCAGGUUCAAUCCCCUACCCACCAAUCUCGAGAGGUUUGUGCUGUCCCCGCGGACAUUCAAAAUGUCAAGGCUCCCAGAGUGGAUUGGACUGCUAAGCAAUAAGCUCUUUACUCUCAAGAUUGCCGUUGGCCAGUUGUCAAGUGGUGAUGUUGAUAUCCUCAAAACACUCUCUGCCCUAACUGCUCUUUCUUUGUAUCUUCGGAGCACCCCUAAGAACAAGGAAUGGAUCAUAUUUAGUGAGGGGUUCCCAUUGCUCAAGUAUUUGAAGUUCACUUGCACUGCACUAUGCGUGAAAUUUAGUGGAGGAGCUAUGCCCGAUGUUCAAAGGCUCAAAGUAUGUUUCAAUGCUAACACAAUGCACCAGUACAGGCCAGAAGAUACAGGAAUUGGGUACUUGGCAGGCAUAAAAGUGAUCUCUGCCAAAAUCGGAGCUGCCAGUACAGAUCAAACCAGCAGAGAGACUGCUAAGUCAAGGUUGGUGCAUGCGAUUAUUAGCAACCAUGCAAGGCUUCGUUGCCUCGAAGAAAACCGUUCAAACCCUCCUGUCAUAAAUGUACAAAUGGUGGACUGGGUUAUUGAUGGAGACACAGAAGAGAGUUCAGCAGAUGUUAUGAUUCGUAAUGAUGCAAUCAGGGUUGCCCAUGAGCAGAUCAGGUCAUCUUUAAGUGACUUCCUUUUCAUAAGUCGAGCCCCGCUUCUUGCAUCCGUAUUCACAAGGCGAGGUCCAAAUAACCAACAUAGAAUCGAAGAAAAUGAUGUGGGAAAAGAUAUUAUCACAAGGGAAUCCUCUUCGCUCAUGCAAAAACCAGGUUGGGUCACCCGGAGACCAAGGAGUGGUGUUCAGCUUGUGAAGACCGUUCGAGGGUUCACAUACAUGAUGAGGCAACAUAUGAUGCAGACAGGAUUCCACAUAAUGAAUGAGUUGGCAUCCAUCAAUCAGGAGAUGAGGCAGAUGGCCACCGUAACAGAUAGUAACCCCGGGUUGGAGCCAUCAGAAUGGGUUCUGCAAGUUCAGGACGUGGCCAAUGAUGUCCAGGAUUUCACAGAUAUCUACACAUGGCUGCAAAUGAAAUCGCCGAGGCAUGCUCUUGCACAUAUGAGCGACCUAGUGCAGGUGAAGGAUAGGAUCAGGAGCUUGCGAGAGUGGCAACAAAAGGGUUGCAUUACGAGCCAGGACAGAGUCAAUGGUGCUGCUCUGUCCUGCCCAAGAUCGUCUGGACCUUAUGCUCCUGAGGACGUUCUCGUUGCCAUGGAUCAGCCUAGGAAUGAGCUUUUGAAGUUGAUUUUCGAAAGCGAGGCUAUGGAGGAGGAAGUCUCACCCUGGUUAGCGAAGGAGCAGAAGCCGAGGGUGGUAUCCAUCGUUGGGUAUAGUGGCAUCGGGAAGACGGCCCUCGCAAGAGCAGUCUAUUACGAUACUUUUGUCCGUAGUGCCUUCAACUGCGUUGCUUGGGUUGUGGCAUCCGAGUGCAGCCAUGGGGGUGACCUUCUAAAUAAGAUUUACCAGCAAGUUCAAGAAGAAAAGAACGAUGUUGUCCCUGACUUUUAUAUGUUAAAAGAGAUCCUGCGGAAUAAAAGGUUUCUGGUCGUUAUUGAUGACCUUCACGGAGCUGGUAUGUGGUAUGAUAUAAAAGGUGUCUUUAGUGAAAAUCAUAAUGGCAGUCGAAUAAUCAUGACCACGAGUAUUCAGUCCGUCGCCACUACCUGCACUCCUGAGCCACGAUACAUUUACAGGAUGCAAAGUCUUAAUAAUUUGGACUCCGAAAAAUUGCUGUGGAUGAGGGUUGGGAGGCAAGUAAAUCGUACACCUGCUCUGGAGUAUGCUUUAGGAGACACAUUGAAAAAAUGUGGUGGUCUACCACUAGCAGUGAUUAGUGUGGCUAAUCAUUUAUGUCAGAAAGAGCAAAAUCUGCCAGAAGGUGUCACGGGAGCCUUUGAGGAAAUGGAUAGAGUUCUUACCAAGUGCUACGAGAGCCUGCCUGACAAUGCUCACAGGAUGUGCUUGCUAUCUCUGAGCACACUCCCUCAAGGUCAUGUGAUUAAGAGGAAGAGGCUAAUUAGAAGAUGGAUAGCUGAGGGACUGGCUGUCGGACAUGGUGAUUUUAGUGCUGAACAGGUUGCUAGCAACAGAUUUGAUGUGUUGAUUGACAAUAACAUUAUUGAGCCUGUGCUGAUUGGCGACGAUUCUAAGGUAAAGGCAUGCCUAGUUCUUGGUGUAAUCAAGGACUUCAUCAUCAAAAAUUCAGUCUCAAAGGAGAUAGCAACUAUAAUCCAGAACGAUGAGCUCCUCCUUCCCAACAAGGCAAUCGCCCAUCCGGUUCGUCGACUAUUUGUUCAUGGAGGCACAACAAAAAGUGAAGGUGUCGCGAAGGCAAUUGGACUGGAUCAAGUCAAGUUGUUGACAAUCUGCAAUACUGUGCCUUUUGAUUUCCAGGGCUGCUGGUUGCUGCGAGUCUUGGACCUGGAGGCUUGCCAGGGGGUUGACAAGAGGGUCUUUGGUAACAUAUGCAAACUGGUAUUUCUCAAGUACCUGAGCCUUAGGGAAACCGAUGUUUACAGAAUACCCAAGAAAAUAAAAAAGCUGGAGUAUUUGGAGACACUGGACCUUAGGGACACACAGGUGGAAGCAUUGCCCAUCGAAGUCUUCAUGCUCCCACGGUUGGUUCUUCUAUUUGGCAAGUUUGAGCUACCUCGACAUCUCAAACAUGGAAUGACAAGGAGUAGGCUGCAGGAAUUUUUCUCUGAGAAAAGUAGACUGCAGACUCUUUCAGGAUUUGUCAUGGUGGAUAGCAACAGCUUUGAGCACAUGAUGAUAAACAUAAGGUCACUAAGGAAGGUUAAGGUGUGGUGCAAGCAUUCAAUCUCCUCCUAUCAAGAACGUCAUCUGGCUUCUUCCCUUCAGAAGCGGCUAGUAGGAAGCAAUACCCUUGAAUCUCUAUCAAUUGAUUUUGGCAAUGAAUCCAUCAAUUUCCUGAAUGGUAUUGGAGCUCCGUAUGCACUUAUUAGCUCUAUGAAACUACAGGGAAAGUUAACGUCACUGCCUAGCUUCAUGACUUCAUAUGAUACUACUCUCUCCCAGUUGCAGUUGUCCUCAACUGGGUUGGGCAUAGAGGCUUUGUCUCUGCUGCAACACUUACGUCGGCUGAUUUUUCUAAAGCUAGUUCAGGAUGGUGAUGGAUUUUGGGGUGACUGCUUCAUUGUUCAGAAGGAUGGAUUCCCAAGCCUUCUACGUAUAUGCUUUGAGGCCCGGGAGCUUCCCCGAUUACAUAUCCAUGAAGGAGGCAUGAGCUCCCUCACCUCCCUCCAACUACUCUGUCCGAUGUUCACUGGUUGUGAUUACUCUGACUUGAGGGAAAAAUAUGUGGAAACCUAUUCAGAAAAAAGCUUCAUAGAAGUUCAGUCGGUGGAAAAGUUUAAGGGGGAUCCCCAAGUAAGCUUCAAGGAAAACAGCUCAAGCACAGAAGAAAUUGAAGAGGAAUCUGGAUCCAAUGAAAAGUCCGAGGAAGUUGAUUCCAGCAAAAGAUUCAAGGAAAUUGUUCCCGAAAAAACAUUCAGAAUGAACUAUUUGGACAAAAUAAAAAGGAGAAUUGAUUUAAAAGAACACUUCAAGGGAAUGGAGCACCUCCAAUAUCUCAAUGAGGUGGUACUACAUCCUUCUGUUAGUCAUGAGGUAUUUGAUGCCUGGAAGGAAGAAGCAAGGAGUCACAUCAACAGACCUUUGGUAACAAGGCAAUGCAGAAGCGCACUCUCGCUUGGUAGAGGCUUGGGAAUAACAACCCACGAGAAAGAAGAGCGGCUCAGAAGCAAGCUUCCACUCAUUAGAGGUUCAGAAACAGCAAUCCAUGAGAAAGCAGAGGAACACAGAUCAGGAACAAUGAGCCGCGAGAAAGCAAGCUCCCAACACCAGACCUCAGAUAAAGGUAAAGAAAUACAAGAAGAAAAACAGCAGCGACAAGAAAAACAUCACGAAGAGGGGAAGAGCUUGAGGCCAAUGGGUGGUCUCCAUCACCUUGCACGGAGAAUACAAGGGACCAUAUAUGCAUUAACCCAAAAAAUGAUGCUGCACAAAGGUCACGUUAAUCAUAAUUACGAAUACAUCAGGGGCAAGUUGAGGAUGAUGGCUUCUUACCUUGGAGAUGGACUUUCGCUAAAUAGUGAAUUGGCGUCACUAGAGAAAUGGGUCCUACAACUGCAGGACCUUGUCUAUGAUGUUGAGGACUUCGUAGAUAUCUACAACUAUAUGUGUGUCAGAUCCCAUAUCCGUGCUCUGGCACAUCUAAGUCACAAUGAGUAUUUGAAGUUUAGGAUUGACAGCCUACACCGACAGCGGUUGGAAUACAUUGAGAGUACUAAAUCAUGCAGAAGUGAAGACAGCGCCCCUCUGUCCAGGGCAUUAACUGAACCUUACAUGCUUAUCGGCAUGGACGUGCCAAUACGUGAACUUCUAGAGUUGGUGCACCAGAAAAAACUGGAAGUAAAUGACAUAGUGAUCUCCAUCGUGGGAUGUCCUGGUGUGGGGAAGACCACCCUGGCAAAAGCAUUAUAUGAUCAGGUAUUGGAACGGGAAAUGUUCACCCUUAUUUGCGUUUCGGCAUCAGAAUGCAGCAGCGCUGAGGACCUUGUGAAAAAGGUUAUCCAACAAGCUUCUAAUGUUCAUCCAGCAAAAAUGAGAGAGGCUACCUCUACCACAAAUGAUAUGGAUCUGAUGAAAAAUAUUCUAGCACAGAAAAGGUACUCCCUCCAUCCACCCUGUGUUAAGUUCUCUCUGUAG